GGGGUUUUUCAUUUUUUGUUAACUUUAUUUGGCCCCUUACUUUGUCAACCCGGAAUUUGUUGAUAGCUCCGCAGAUCAGUGUAGUCAGGGAAGCCAUAUUGUAAACAAUCCACAUGAGUUGACAUUCAAUUAAUCUCAAGUCACUUGGUCGAUGCUGGAUUGACUGACGUUGUCCGUUGUGAGAGAUCUGGUGCCAUUUAACUUCUGGUGGUCAGCCUGGUGCUGAUCAACAAACCGUCUCCUCGUGUCAUAGUGUGAGAAAGGAACGAACUGAAAAUAUGUCGGCAAAAUCAGUGUCCGGAGAUGAGAGAAAGAGGACAGCGUGUGCAUCGUCAACAGUGGAAGUACCAGCGCCAGUGUCCGAUGGUGACAAGAAAGCGAUGUAUCUUGGUUAUACGAAGAAACCUCGCACACCUAAUGUGCAGUACACAGUUCUAACUGAUGAACAGAUCAUGAACAUCAAAAAGGACCCUUCCCCACUUUUCAUGUGUGGGAAACCAAAGAGUGAAGAGGAGGAAAAUCCAAACGGACCUCCACGAGAGGGGGGUCGUUACUACAAGGACCGAUUUGUUAACAGCAUGAGCCAGUACUACUUGCGCGGUGAACCCCUCCACGAUCCAUUCUGCUACAUCGACAGUAAAUGGAGUCGUAAUAUUGAUGGUCAACAUGGCAAUUGUCGCAUUGCUGCCAAUCCACGAUGGGGAGUUACUAAAGUUGAAAUCCCAGGGAGCAGGACAUUACGCCACAUUCAAGCAGAGGAUAAAAAUGAUUACCUCACCAUUGACUGUUACCGUCGACCUCCGACAAACCAACCGGGGCAGGUCAUCUUUAAGUAUGGACGGCCGAGUGAAGGAUACUAUUCGGAGAGAAACCCAUCAAUCACAACAUGGAAUGGUGCAUCAUUACGCCUCAAUAACCAGCAGAUCGUGCCCUCAACUAUCCCAAAGACGAUCGAAGAUUACAGCAAAAUAGACUCGACCAUUCGUGAGUCUCUAUUAGCGAGGAGUGGAGAGUGGCCAGAAUGGUCCGAAUACACAGAUAAAUUUGUGAUGCAUCGUGAGACUCAGCGAGGAGAACCUUUAGAAGAGCACUGGUUGACAGAUAAAACAGCUGCCAAGAGUAGCACUCCAAAAGACAUGACAGCUGUGAGCUGUUAGUGUACCACCAGUGAGGCAGCAGUCAACAGUACAAGUAGCACAACAGUUUCAAGUUGCUCCUAGAGCUCAAUUCUCCCUCAGAUGGCUUCCCUGCUUUGCAGGUGAUUGGUGACAUCUUGCUCAGUGAUCACCAAAUAUACAUCAGGCUGUGUGGGUUGUCUGUCUACACCACUGAACACUUCUCAGGAAGUCCUCUAUUGACUGUUUCAGGAUCCAAACGCAAAACAAUUAGUGAGGGAGCAUUCGGAGCAUUCCGGGCUGCUUCAUACUUGUAGAAUGAACUCCCUGCGUACAUCCUCAAGGUGGAUUAGAAUAAACUCCCUGCGUACAUCCUCAAGGUGGAUUAGAAUGAACUCCCUGCGUACAUCCUCAAGGUGGAUUAGAAUAAACUCCCUGCGUACAUCCUCAAGGUGGAUUAGAAUGAACUCCCUGCGUACAUCCUCAAGGUGGAUUAGAAUGAACUCCCUGCGUACAUCCUCAAGGUGGAUUAGAAUGAACUCCCUGCGUACAUCCUCAAGGUGGAUUAGAAUGAACUCCCUGCGUACAUCCUCAAGGUGGAUUAGAAUGAACUCCCUGCGUACAUCUGCAAGGUGGAUUCAGUUGUAUCAUUUUGGUCGAUGAUGGAAGAUUUGGCUCUCUCUGUUCUUGAAAUGAUGUGCUUCAUUGAGUUCUGAUGUAACACAGCAAGCGAUCAUCUGGUUUAUAAUAGCUAAAGUGUUAAAUCUGUAAAUUGUCCCCAAUAUUUGAUAGUUUUAAUUUAUAGCUGAAAACUGUAAGUGCAUUUUUCUCCAAACUGCAAUUCCUGCUACAAAACUGGACCUUCUUUAAAUUUUCAGCUGCUAGCGACAAACCUUCAAGCUGUGAUAUCUUAAACGUGUUCCAUCCUGUCUGUCAUUUUCUCAUUUUGCAAUGAUCUUCUGGGUCUGGUGGCUUAAAUACAAUAAAGAGAAUGAGUUAAAAUUGGUUAAAUAGAAUCACUGUUUCUCUACAUGUACUCACCUCACCACGCUUAAUCUCAGAUUUCUAAGGUUCUUGAGAAUCCAGUCUCUUUGAAUUCGUUUAACUUUUGGGCAGAAUGUGUUUUAUUUCAUUCAUACUUCAGAUUAAAUCACAAUAUUCUUAUAUAUUUUCCUAAGUUAACAAGGUUGUCAAAUUUGACCGGUUAUUAUGCUGUAAUCACCAAUAUUUUUGUCAGCAGUUCAUUGUAAAUUUGUGUAUAGUGUAUGGUACGGUAUGUUAUUUCAUACAAAAAUAUGAGAUCAUGUUUUAUCAAACUUGAUAUGAUGGUAACUAAGUAAUUCCGUCCUUGACUAGGUACGUGGGGGGCAUGUUAUGCUAAAAUAUGUUUCCACAUUUCGCAGCAUCCUUGUAAAUAAAUAGAUAGUCUAUUUUGUUUCAAACACUU